CACAUAUACCACCAUCUCUCAAGUGCUUCAUGUUUUGCCUUUAAGACCAUCUGCGCUAAAAAAGUGGGUGAUUUAUCCUCUCUCAAGACUUGAUAUAGCUUUUUCUCUCUUCCCUUUUCUCCUUCUUAGUCCAUGGACACAGCUCACUGGCCACAGGGGGUUGGAGUGGUUAAAUCCAUGGAAGAUUCUUCUCCCUCAAGGCCCAUCUUAGAGAGAAGGGCAAGACCUCAAAAGGAUCAAGCUUUGAAUUGUCCAAGGUGCAAUUCAACCACCACUAAAUUCUGCUAUUACAACAAUUAUAGUCUCUCUCAGCCAAGAUAUUUUUGCAAGACUUGUAGAAGGUAUUGGACUGAAGGCGGCUCUCUAAGAAAUGUUCCUGUGGGUGGAGGCUCAAGGAAGAAUAAUAAGAGAUCGAAUUCAUCUUCACCGUCAACCUCUUCAGCAAAGAAGGUUGCUCAUGAUCAUCAUAAUCAUGUCACCACCAAUACCCCACAUGGCAAUUUCCCUCAGCACCACGACUCUGCGUCUCAAAACCCUAAGAUCCAUUUCCAAGGCCAAGAUCUCAACUUAGCAUACCCACCAACUGAUCAGGAAUAUGAUCAGGUACUACCCUUUAGUAUUGACAACAAAAGCCAGCACCAGCUGAACCCUAGCUCUUCUACCACGACUUCAUCUCAUCAUCAUCAUCAUCAUUUGUCAGCUACGGAGCUGCUCAAGACUGGGAUUGCAUCAAGGGGGUUGGCCUCUUUCAUGCCCAUGGGUGUACCUGAUCAUUCGAAUAAUAAUAAUAAUAUUACAAUGUUUUCUACUGGGUUUCCCAUGGGUGUGCAAGAAUUCAAGCCAAGUCAUGGGCUGAGUUUUUCUCUAGCUGGGUUCGAGAGUAGCGGGUACGGGUGUCUUCAAGGGGUGCAAGAGGCAAACAAUAGUCAUGCAAGGCUUUUGUUUCCUACAGAUGAGGAUUUGAAGCAGCAGAUUCCAAGCACCACUAAUAUCACCACUGAAUUUAAUCAGCACACCAGAGGGGAAGGGGAUUCUGGUGGUUAUUGGAACGGAAUGUUAGGUGGAGGUUCAUGGUAAAAAGAAAAAGAAAAAAGAGAGAUAUAUAAUGAUGUAGAAGAAAAGAAGGUAUUUUGGUUUGUUUUUCUGGAUCACCUCACCUGGUGGGUGGCACGGUGGCAUGUUUGGAGUUUGACGAAAAGAGCAAAGUAAUAAUAGGGUACACGAGCUUCUUCCUUUCCUUUGUCAUGAUCAUCAGUGUGUGUGUGAAUUAAUUAAUUUUGCUUCUUCUUUUUUCUUUUUUCUUCUCUCUCACUCUCUUUGGUUUUUGUUUUUCUCUUUCUUUACUCUUUGAUGGAUCCAUGUGGAUGUUUUGAAGCUUAAUUUUUGGUUGGCUUCAAAAGGGCCAUGUCAUGAUGAAUGCUGAAUUCCUAAAAUAGACAUGAACAAGAGGCCAAGGAAGUCUCCCUGUUUCUUUUUAGGGUUCCUUAAAAGAAGAUAAAUUACAAGACGAUCGAUCUCCAUCUCCAUCUCCAUCUCCAUCUCCUAGCUGCUUGUUGAGCUCAGCUUGCACUGUGGCCUUGGCUUGGGGUGAUAUAUGUUUUUCAGUUAAUUAGCUGAUUAAUUAGGUAGCAAAGCAAGAGUCAUCGCGAUGAUUUGUUAAAUUAUGUAUGCAGCAGUGCCAGCAGAGCAGAGCAGAAUGACUUGUAUGUUGUUUAUUAUUUACUAGUUAACAUUUGGAUUUGUGGGUUGAUUAGCGCAGUUGAUGAUGGGGUUAAUUAUUGGUUUGAAGUAAUUAAAGUGAUUUGGAAUGA